AUGUCGACUCUCGAAGAGCUCGAUGACCUCGAUCGCAGAGAGAAGGAAGACAAGAAGCAAAAUGGUGGUGACGACAAGGACCAGAAGAAGGGCGCCGAUGGCGAUGCCGAGAUGAAGGAUGCUGAAGAGGACGACGAUGACAUUCUUGAUGACGAGAUCCUGGGGCUUAGCACACAGGAUAUCCAAACCCGGAAACGGCUGCUCGAGAAUGAUUCCCGAAUCAUGAAGAGCGAGUUGUCACGAUUAUCACAUGAAAAGGCCGCCAUGGGCGAAAAGAUCAAGGAGAACCUGGACAAGAUUGCCAACAACAGGCAACUUCCGUACCUAGUAGGAAACGUCGUUGAGCUGCUCGACCUCGACCCCACCGCCGAGUCGUCCGAGGAGGGCGCCAAUAUCGAUCUAGAUGCGACUCGAGUAGGCAAAUCCGCCGUCAUCAAGACCUCUACUCGUCAAACGAUCUUCCUCCCUCUCAUCGGUCUGGUAGAUGCCGACAAACUCAAGCCUGCCGACUUGAUCGGUGUCAACAAAGAUUCGUACCUUAUCCUCGACACGCUACCUGCCGAGUAUGACAGCCGUGUCAAAGCAAUGGAGGUUGAUGAGAAACCGACGGAGCAGUACACGGAUGUGGGUGGGUUGGACAAGCAGAUUGAGGAACUAGUUGAGGCCAUCGUUUGGCCCAUGAAGGAAGCUGAGCGAUUCAAGAAGAUUGGCAUCAAGGCACCCAAGGGUGCCCUCAUGUAUGGCCCUCCUGGUACUGGCAAGACCCUCCUGGCAAGGGCCUGUGCGGCUCAGACAGAUGCCACGUUCCUGAAGCUGGCAGGGCCCCAACUUGUUCAGAUGUUUAUUGGUGACGGCGCGAAGCUUGUGCGAGACUGUUUCGCGCUAGCCAAGGAGAAGGCGCCAGCGAUUAUCUUCAUUGAUGAAUUGGAUGCUGUGGGUACGAAGCGCUUCGACAGCGAGAAGAGUGGCGACCGAGAAGUGCAGCGGACCAUGCUGGAGCUUCUGAAUCAACUUGACGGAUUUGCAUCUGAUGACCGAAUCAAGGUUUUGGCCGCUACAAACCGUGUCGAUGUGCUUGAUCCUGCUCUCCUGCGAUCUGGUCGAUUGGACCGCAAGAUCGAGUUCCCGCUGCCCAACGAGGAGGCGCGAGCUCAGAUUCUCAAGAUUCACUCCCGCAAGAUGAAGGUCGACCCCGGAGUUAACUGGAGCGAGCUAGCCCGAAGCACCGACGAGUUUGGUGGUGCUAUGUUGAAGGCUGUGUGUGUGGAGGCGGGUAUGAUUGCUCUGCGAUCGGGCAAGAACAAAAUUGGUCACGAGCACUAUGUCGACGCCAUUGCCGAAGUGCAGGCCAAGAAGAAGGACCCAACUCGCAGCAGUCUGUGCGGCUCCACGAUGAGGUUCCUCAACGUCGUUUGGGGCGUCGCCGUGUCCACCAACUGCGUCGCCGCCAGCACUUGGUUCCCCGGUUCCAAGGCUUUAUAUAACAAAUGGCAUGAGACGGAGCUGGAGCGUUGGCUCUCCGACCACGACAUCCCAUACCCCACCCCAGCCGAUCGCAAGGAACUGGAAACGCUGGUCGGGAAGAGCUGGAAUGACUACGUCGUCGCUCCCUACAGUAGCUGGGACACGGCAGACUUGAGUGCCUACCUUCAGGCCAAAGGUAAGGAAACCCGCGAUGAUGCGGCCGCCACGAGAGACAAUCUAGUUUCCCAAGUCAAGGACAACUGGUACGAGACAGAGGAAAAUGCCUACCAAGCGUGGGCCAGUGUCAAGGACUGGAUCUUGGACACGUGGACUGAGAGCCAGCUCAAGAGCUUUUGUGAUAAGCACAGCAUUCCAGUUCCUCAACCUCGACACCGUGACACACUCCUCCAAAAGGCUCGAUCCAGUUAUGAAACCAUCGCCAACAAGGCCGGCCAGGCAUCUUCCUAUCCUGGAAACUGGCUAUACGAAACCUGGUCCGAGUCUGAUCUCAAAAGUUGGCUCGAUACUCAGGGUUUCCCAGUGCCUCAGCCAACCACUCGCGACAAGCUAAUCGCCUCGGUCCGCCGUAACUCGCGACUCGCUUAUCUCAAGGCACAGGACCAAGCUGCCAGCGCAACGGCCAGCGCCCAAGCCGCCUACGCAACGCUCACUGACAUGAUCAUUGAUGCCUGGGGCGAGUCUCAGCUCAAGGAAUUCUGCGACAAGAACGGCAUCUCGGUCCCCCAGGGAACCAAGGCCAGCGAGCUACGUGCCUUGGUUCGGAAGAAUCGGGCCGCGAUCCUUGGUGAUACUGUUUCUGGGCGAGCCUCUGCGGCCUUCGGCGCUGCCACCUCGAAUGCGCAGAACCAGUAUGCCAGGGCGACCGAUAGCGCCUCCCUUGCUGCCCAGGAUGCUUUCAACCAGGUGGUUUCCGCGUGGUCUGAUACCAGACUCAAGGCAUAUCUAGAUGCUCGGGGCAUACCUGUCCCCCAAGGUUCUAAGAAGAACGAGCUCGAGGCCCUCGUCCGCAAGCACUCCCACCUAGCCGCCAGCGGGUGGAGUGCGUGGACCUUUGAUGACUUCAGCUAUGACAACUUGAAGAAGUUCCUCGUUGAAAAUGGAGAUGCUAUCGCGAAGAAGAUCGCUGAGAAGAAGGAUUCUAGUCGCGAUGAGCUUGUCAGUGCCGCGCAGUCUGCUUACACUUCAGCAUCCACUGCCGGAGGUUCCGAUUACGCCUCGGCCACCAGUUAUAUUGCAUCCGUCACAGCAAGCGCUAAGAAGAAUGCAUUCGACGCAUGGUCUGAAUCGGAACUCAAAGCCUAUCUUGACAGUUACGGCAUCCCGGUUCCCCAGGGGUCUAAGUUGGAGGAGCUCAAGGCUCAGGCUCGGAAGGAGUCCACUUACUUUAAAUAUGGCACCUCGUCGACGGGUGGGACGAUAUUCGCUCAAAUCGGAGAGACAGCCCGAAAUGGGUGGAACUGGAUUUCCCACCAGUUCAGCCUGGGCAGUGAUGCUGCCCAGCAGAAGCUUGCCGAGGCCGAAGAAGAAGCUCGGGUGAAGGCGAAGCAUGUCAGGGAGGAGCUAUAA